UGCGUGCCGCGGGGGAUGCCGGGAGCGCGCAGUGGCGGCUCGGGCGGCGACGGCAGUAACAGCGGCGGUUACGACGGAGGCGCCAGCAGGGCGGUAACCGUGUGGGAGGUAGUCUCAUUCUUCGGGAAGCUGCUCGGUAUCGCCGCCGCGCUGAAGGUGCUUCUGUACCUGCUCCGGGUGUGCUUAGCGAUGGCCUGGAAAUCCGGCGGCGCCAGCCACUCGGAGCUAAUCCACAAUCUCCGCAAAAAUGGAAUCAUCAAGACCGAUAAAGUAUUUGAAGUAAUGCUGGCCACAGACCGCUCCCACUAUGCAAAAUGUAACCCUUACAUGGAUUCUCCACAAUCAAUAGGUUUCCAAGCAACAAUCAGUGCUCCACACAUGCAUGCAUAUGCACUAGAACUUCUGUCUGAUCAAUUGCAUGAAGGAGCUAAAGCUCUUGAUGUAGGAUCCGGAAGUGGAAUCCUUACUGCAUGUUUUACACGUAUGGUUGGACCUACUGGAAGAGUCAUAGGAAUUGACCACAUUAAAGAGCUAGUAGAUGACUCAAUAAAUAAUGUCAGAAAGGAUGAUCCAUCGCUUUUGACUUCAGGGAGAGUGCAGCUGGUUGUGGGGGAUGGAAGAAUGGGAUAUGCUGAAGAAGCCCCUUAUGAUGCUAUUCAUGUAGGAGCUGCAGCCCCAGUUGUUCCCCAGGCACUGCUAGACCAGUUAAAGCCUGGAGGAAGACUGAUAUUGCCAGUCGGUCCCGCAGGUGGAAAUCAGAUGUUGGAGCAGUACGACAAGCUCCAAGAUGGCACUGUCAAAAUGAAACCUUUGAUGGGAGUGAUAUACGUGCCUUUAACAGAUAAGGAAAAGCAGUGGUCCAGGAAUUCCAGUACUAUGUUGAAUAUAACUGGCAAGAGUGGGCAUCCUUGUCUUGAUCCUGAUCUUAGAGGAAAAGCUUUCAGCUUUUCACCGUUGAGUAUGAUGUUAGCUGUGGGCUUGUCAUGUAUGGCCUUUAUUAUGAUGAGGGACGAACUGUAAAAGCAACAUCAGCUCGACCAGUAUAUAAUAUUACAGUGGAUUUGCUCAUCUCAGUCCUCAAAGCUUUCUGAAAACCAACAGCAUCACAGCUUGUGUUGGACUUUGUUACACUAUUAUUUCCAGCAUGAAAAUGUGUGGUUUAAUAGAGUUGCUAAUAUUUCAAAGAGGCAGAGAAGCCAAAUUGUAGAGGAAGGAUGCAAAGUGUAAAUUUGUAUAUUAUUACUUUAACAUGCCCACAUUUUACUUUAAAAUGUUAAAAGAAGGGGUUCUGCAGAGUGGAAGACUUAGUUUGUGAAUUGAUUUUGAGGAGUGGUUUUUCUUAAACACUUAAUUCUGUUCUAAUAUUCAUCUGUCAGAUGACUGUGCAUCAGAUAACAGCACCAUUCACACUUUAAGAUUCUUGGUUUUGGAAUGUCUGUUAGAUGCUACUAAGAAAAUAGAGAUGAGCUUCCUUUUUUAAAGCUUUUGAUGUGGUGUCAUAGAAUAGCAUGUUGUAGAUACAAUCAGCUGCUUUGUUACCUUACAACUAAGCAUUUGUAAACAUUAAAACUGAAGAUGGCAGGUGAUGUCCUUUAACACACAGCUGUUCAGAUUGGGCAUAACUGACAUAGUUCUUCCUUUCUCUUUAAAAAUUAUAGGAUACUUGUAGCUCAAUAUUGUUUCUUCUCUGAUUUACUGCUAACAAUGUAUAUGAAUUUAACAUGCUGUGUAAGCUGUGUCCUAGUCACUGAACAGUUUAUGCAGUGCUGCUUUGCCAAAUAAAGUUACAAGUAAAAGAGG